AUGACUACUCCCGCCCAGGUUGAACGGCAGCAGAGGCUCGUCAAGGCCAUCGGCCAAAUCACCAACAAGCAGGCACCUCCCGAGAUCGACUUCACCGUGCACACCACUGAUGACGGAACCCAGGUCAGCACGCAAGAACGUGUCAUCAAAGACGUGCAGGCACCAGCAUUCCAGAAACCUACCGAUGAACAGUUCUUCAGCGCCAAAGACCCUUCCAAGCCCGACAUUGCUUUCCUGAAGAAUCACUUCUACCGCGAAGGUCGUCUCACCGACGACCAGGCCCGCUUUAUCCUGACAAGGGCCACCGAAAUUCUGCGUCAGGAACCCAAUUUGCUCGAGGUUGACGCGCCCAUCACCGUCUGCGGCGACAUCCACGGCCAAUAUUACGAUCUCAUGAAGCUCUUUGAAGUGGGUGGCAAUCCCGCCGAUACCCGGUACCUCUUCUUGGGCGACUAUGUCGACCGCGGCUACUUUUCGAUCGAGUGCGUUCUUUACCUGUGGGCUUUGAAAAUCUGGUACCCAGACACGCUCUUCCUCCUCCGUGGCAAUCACGAGUGUCGCCACUUGACCGACUACUUCACCUUCAAACUCGAGUGCAAACACAAAUACUCUGAAGAGAUCUACGACCUCUGCAUGGAAUCCUUCUGCACACUGCCUCUUGCCGCCGUCAUGAACAAGCAGUUCCUCUGCAUUCACGGUGGCCUUUCACCCGAGCUUCAGACUCUCGACGACCUUCGCAGCAUCGACCGCUUCCGCGAGCCACCCACCCACGGCCUCAUGUGCGACGUUCUCUGGGCCGACCCGCUCGAAGAUUUCGGAUCCGAAAAGACCAACGAGAGCUUUAUCCACAACCACGUACGAGGCUGCUCCUACUUUUUCACCUACAACGCAGCCUGCCAAUUCCUCGAGCGUAAUCAACUUCUGUCCAUCAUUCGAGCGCAUGAAGCGCAAGAUGCAGGAUAUCGCAUGUACCGCAAGACAAAGACCACCGGCUUCCCCUCCGUCAUGACCAUCUUCUCGGCGCCCAACUACCUCGACGUCUACAACAACAAGGCAGCCGUUCUUAAGUACGAGAACAAUGUCAUGAACAUCCGACAGUUCAACUGCACGCCUCAUCCCUACUGGCUACCCAACUUCAUGGACGUCUUCACCUGGAGUCUGCCCUUCGUCGGCGAGAAGAUCACCGACAUGCUCAUCGCCAUCCUCAACGUCUGCAGCAAAGAGGAGCUUGAAGAGGAGGAGGAGGAAGACGAGAUCCCCACAACACCAACCUCGCCUGGAGCCGAGGAAGAGACGGCCGAGCGCAGAACACUCAUCAAGAAUAAGAUCCUCGCCGUCGGACGCAUGUCUCGUGUCUUUGCCCUCUUGCGAGAGGAGGCCGAGCGCGUUUCAGAGCUCAAGUCGUCGCAAACCGCCAAGUUGCCGUACGGCUCGUUGGUACUCAGCUCCGAGGCUGCCAAAGAUUCGAUCGCCAACUUUGACGAUGCGCGAAAGGUAGAUAUCGAGAACGAGCGUCUGCCACCCGACCUGAUCGAUGCCGACGAGGCGGGACCUGCCUCUCCUGCCGAUGGUGCGCGUGUUUCGUCGCCUGCAUUCGAGGAGAUGACGUCGCCAGGCAGCCCGGCGUCGCCCGCGACGCCAAGUUCGCCCAUCGCAGGUGGUCACCGCCGCGGACACUCGAGGACGAGCAGUCUUGGUACGACCAUGUCGAGUCCUUCGAACCGUCGCCGCUCACUAGAGUCGACCGUCAGCAUGAUCCGCGAAGCCCUCGAAGGUACGGAUGCAGCAGACGACAAGCACCUCGAAAAGCUUGCAAACGACAUCACCUCGCCCGAUUCACCAAAGGCAACCGACUCUCCAGCACAGUCGCGCUUCGCAAACAAGUGA